GGGGAGAGGAAGUCCCGCCCUCCCCCUGCGGCGAGGCGGCUGCCGGAAGUGCGCGUCUUCCGCGACGGAAGCUGCGCUGUGGUGGGCGCGGGGCGAUGGCGGCCGAGGGCGACGUGGAGCUGGAGCUGGAAGCGGAGCCGAAUGGUUCGGCCACGGGCGGGGAUGGCGCCGGGGGACGCCCGGCCGAGAAGCCGCGCAAGCACGACAGCGGCGCCGCCGACCUCGAGCGCGUCACCGACUACGCGGAGGAGAAGGAGAUCCAGAGCUCCAACCUGGAGACGGCCAUGUCUGUGAUCGGAGACAGAAGAUCCAGAGAGCAGAAAGCAAGGCAGGAGCGAGAGAAGGAACUGGCCAAAGUUACAAUCAAGAAAGAAGAUUUGGAGCUGAUUAUGAAUGAGAUGGAGAUAUCUAGGGCAGCAGCUGAGCGCAGCUUACGGGAACACAUGGGAAAUGUCGUGGAGGCACUGAUCGCCCUUACCAAUUGAGAGCUGAUGCACCAAAGGAGAGAAUGAAAGAACUUUGCCUUUUCUCAGCAUAUGGUGUACUGUACUCAGCAUUAAAGCUACUGGAUUAGAAGGUGUUUGAAAUGAUGCCGUUCACAUGGGAUUGAACAGGAUCCACUGUAUGACCUCUGUCUCUUCAGUGGGGUAACGCUGGUGUUAGCUCUCCCGCAUGAAUGGAAAUCCUUAUCAAUGUCCAAAAUCACAUUUUUGUUGACUUAAUAAAAUAACUAUAACACAGAA